AUGAGGAGGAGGAGGAGGCGGCGGACAGCAGUGGCGAUGAGGAGGAGGAGGCGGCGGACAGCAGUGGCGAUGAGGAGGAGGAGGCGGCGGACAGCAGUGGCGAUGGAGGAGGAGGAGGAGGAGGAGGGCGGCGGACAGCAGUGGCGAGGAGGAGGGAGGAGGAGGCGGCGGGACAGCAGUGGCGAGGAGGAGGGGAGGAGGCGGCGGACAGCAGUGGCGGAUGAGGCGGAGGAGGCGGCGGACAGCAGUGGCGAUGAGGAGGAGGAGGCGGCGGACAGCAGUGGCGAUGAGGCGGAGGAGGCGGCGGACAGCAGUGGCGAUGAGGAGGAGGAGGCGGCGGACAGCAGUGGCGAUGAGGAGGAGGAGGCGGCGGACAGCAGUGGCGAUGAGGAGGAGGAGGCGGCGGACAGCAGUGGCGAUGAGGAGGAGGAGGCGGCGGACAGCAGUGGCGAUGAGGAGGAGGAGGCGGCGGACAGCAGUGGCGAUGAGGAGGAGGAGGCGGCGGACAGCAGUGGCGAUGAGGAGGAGGGAGGCGGCGGACAGCACAGUGGCGAUGAGGAGGAGGAGGCGGCGGACAGCAGUGGCGAUGAGGAGGAGGAGGCGGCGGACAGCAGUGGCGAUGAGGAGGAGGAGGCGGCGGACAGCAGUGGCGAUGAGGAGGAGGAGGCGGCGGACAGCAGUGGCGAUGAGGAGGAGGAGGCGGCGGACAGCAAGGAGGAGGCGGCGGACAGCAGUGGCGAUGAGGAGGAGGAGGCGGCGGACAGCAGUGGCGAUGAGGAGGAGGAGGCGGCGGACAGCAGUGGCGAUGAGGAGGAGGAGGCGGCGGACAGCAGUGGCGAUGAGGAGGAGGAGGCGGCGGACAGCAGUGGCGAUGAGGAGGAGGAGGCGGCGGACAGCAGUGGCGAUGAGGAGGAGGAGGCGGCGGACAGCAGUGGCGAUGAGGAGGAGGAGGCGGCGGACAGCAGUGGCGAUGAGGAGGAGGAGGCGGCGGACAGCAGUGGCGAUGAGGAGGAGGAGGCGGCGGACAGCAGUGGCGAUGAGGAGGAGGAGCAUGUGCCCACCACCAAGACUCGCUCGGGCGAGAAUCCGUGGGACAUUAGUGAUGGCUCGAGCGGGGAGGAAGAGGGGGAGGAGGAGGAGGAGGAGGAGGAGGAGGAGGAGGAGGAGGAGGAGGAGGAGGAGGAGAGGAGGAGGAGGAGGAGGAGGAGGAGGAGGAGGAAUGACGAGGAGGAGGAGGGGGAUGAUGAGUAG